AUGUGGAAUAUUUCGCCAGGUAAUUACUCUCAAGCCAUUUGGAUCGUCUCGCCGACAACGUAUGCCAUAAAUAUUCAUCGCAGGAUAGAGUCAUUCUACUUGAAGUUCGACUUGACCAGGCAACUGAUGUCAUCGAGGUGGUCCUCUACCAUUACCAUUUUAUUCACGUACGCAUUUGUUUUCAUCACUAUUCGCCAACUCAUACUAUGGGCCGCUAAUCUUUUAGGAUAUGAAAGGUUAGAUUUGAAGGUCUUGUUUCCGGAUAAGCCAGUUCAUUGCUCACAUGUGUAUGUUUCGGUGAAUAUUUACAGGAUGUCUCGUUCAAAACUUGAAGAGCCAACUUUGGUGUUAAGCCGUCCCGUUGUCUAUUACAUUGAAUUUGGUCCAGACGACUACAGUGAUCCGGAUCUAGGUACAACACUCGGAUUUCUACGUCGCAAAGUUCUUUGCCUGAUGAAGGAAAGCAAAAUCGUUCCACAAUACGUCAGCAACCUUGAUACUUUACAAACUAGUGAGUUGCAGUUUUCUAAAGGAAAAAGAACGCUUGAGGGAGACGAACAAUUUUUAUGCCAAUUGGAGGUGAACACUGGUGACAGUAUAUCGUGCUUGAUUCUGACAGAAACAGAGUGA